UUAUGUUGGCAUUCGUCGACUGUCUUAUUUGUCGUGUUGUGGACUGAUCAACGAAAUUUAUGAAGUUUGUUUUGUCUUCAAAAUUUAGAUUUUUAUAAAUUCUGUGGCCAUGAGAUAAAUUAUUGACCUAAGAUAAAACAAUAUCUUUGCUAAAUAUCACAUAACUGUAUAACAAUGGAGUUAAAUUGUGUUGGACUGUAAAAUAUGAGUUAAGUGCUUUUCUUCGUUUGAUGUCACACGCGAUUCCAGUCCACGAGUGGAAAAGUAAAAUUUUUGCGAUAGGAUCGUUAUAUGCACGCAGCGGGAAUGACAAUAAUGGCAGUUUCUGUUGGCGAAAUUUGCGAGAACACGAAGCUGGCUCGGGAAAUGGCUCUGAUGGGUAACUACGAAUCCGCACUGGUCUACUACGAGGGAACCGUCCAGAUGAUCCACAGGUUGCUGAUUACUAUAGCUGAUACAACACGCAAGUCCAAGUGGCAGUUGGUACAAAAGCAGAUGGCGCGAGAAUAUGAACAGCUGAAAGCAACGGUGGCCACACUGCAAAUGUUUCAGCAUGAAGGUGAAAAAGCUAUCACACCCCUUACGACUAAUUACGAGGAGCUGCCUACACGAGACCAGAUGUGGGCGGCCGCGCCUCACGAGAUCGACCCGGACAUCUGGCCGCCGCCGCCGGACCGCGACCCCAACGCCUGGCCGCCCCCCACAAGCGUCGAACACAAAGGUCCGCCGGCAAUGAAGUCGGCUCGCAACAACGCCCGCAACCACCGCGACAACAAGAAACCGUCCAAUGCGCAGCGCAAUGCCACCACCUCGCAGCGCAAAACCUCAGAUAAUAAGAACCCCAAGCUCAAUACUAAUAAAGCACAUAGUGCAAAAACAAAAGAAUCCAACAAUAAGGAGCACAGCGGCAAAGACAAGCAGGACAGAGACAACAAUAAUGGUGAUACUGAUGAUGAACGGCAUAAAGAAGAGGAGAGAAGAUUUGAGCCACCUUCAGCCGCUGAUACAGACCUUGUUGAUAUGCUAGAAAGAGAUAUAGUACAAAAGAACCCGAAUAUAAGAUGGGACGACAUCGCGGACCUGACGGAGGCCAAGCGGCUGCUAGAGGAAGCUGUCGUGUUGCCAAUGUGGAUGCCGGAUUUCUUCAAGGGUAUCCGACGUCCAUGGAAGGGUGUGCUGAUGGUGGGUCCUCCAGGCACGGGAAAGACGAUGCUGGCCAAGGCAGUAGCCACAGAGUGCGGGACCACCUUCUUCAAUGUCUCCUCCUCCACCCUCACGUCGAAAUAUCGAGGAGAAUCAGAGAAACUUGUUCGAUUAUUAUUUGAAAUGGCGAGGUUCUAUGCGCCGAGUACGAUCUUCAUAGACGAGAUAGACUCGUUGUGUUCGCGGCGCGGCUCCGACAGCGAGCACGAGGCCUCGCGUCGGGUGAAGUCGGAACUGCUCGUGCAGAUGGACGGCCUCGGCUCCGCUACUGACGAACCCGCUAAGGUAGUAAUGGUACUAGCAGCAACCAACUUCCCGUGGGAUAUAGACGAGGCGCUCCGGCGUCGUCUGGAGAAGAGAAUCUACAUCCCGCUGCCGACGCAGGAGGGGCGCGAAGCGCUGCUGCAGAUCAACCUGCGGGAGGUGAAGGUGGACCCGGAGGUGGAACUCAGGCUGAUCGCUAUGAAACUUGAUGGUUACUCCGGAGCCGAUAUCACAAACGUCUGCCGUGACGCGUCAAUGAUGUCAAUGAGAAGAAAAAUAGCUGGAUUAAAACCUGAACAGAUAAAACAGCUUGCGAAAGAAGAACUGGAUCUACCAGUGACAAGGCAGGACUUCCUCGAAGCACUCGCAAAAUGCAACAAAUCCGUCUCCAAAGGGGAUAUACAGAAAUACCUCACGUGGAUGGACGAGUUCGGAUCAUCCUGAUUCAUGCAGUAGACAAAAAGACCAUAAAAAAUGCAAUAUUAGUGUGAAACACGCUUUAACUUUGUGUAUCGUGUUAUAAAAAUUGCCUUAUUGUAGAUAAGUAUGUUGCAGUAUUAAUGACUGAUGCUAAGGUUUUAAUACAUGACCCUUACGGAAUAUGUUUUUAAAUAUAUAAUUUAUGUGCAUAUAAUAACAAUUAAACAUUGUUACCGUGUAAAAAAAUUAUUUAAGACCAUUUUUAAUCUAAUUGUCAAUAUAUUAUAGCGAAUAGUUUGCUUUUUGACGACAUCGUACUAAGAAUCGUAAAAAUAUAUCUGUUUCCUAAGCCGAGUGUGUAAGCGAGAGCAAAACAACAGAAAGAGAUGCACGAUACUAAAAAUUCUGUGACGUCAUGUAAUUUUAAUUGUAUUACAGGGUUAGUGUAUUAAAACCUUUUAAAAUCUUACAACGAUAGUAUUUUGCCACUGAAAAGAUUAUAAGAGCGGGCAACUUUGACUAAAUUAUCGCACAACUCCUGUACGAUUAUCGAUUGUUAUGCAGCCUUCAACUUGCACAACUAAAAAUCGAGUAGUAUUUACCUUUAUAUGAGGUCAUAUGAAUCAAAGCGAGACAAAAGUUCUGCGAUAGUUUAGUCCAAGGUGUGCGCACUCUUAUUAUAAAAAUAACAUUCCCGCUGGAACAAAUGCAGUGUAAAUAGACAAUAGUGAUUUACAUUUUUACUAACACUGACUUCACAUGUAUUUUGUACAUUUCUAGUGUUUCUUUUUGUGUAUAUUUACGGCUUAACUUGCUAGCUUCAAGAUCUGUGUUCAAAGUUAACUACACUAUAAUAAGUCGUGAUCUUUGUACUUAAAUCAUAGUUUAAUUUGAGAUUUAUAACUGGUUUAGUUAAUAAUUUUUAUGCCAUAACUAAUUUAUGUGUAAUUUUUUUUUUAUAGAAAUUUUAUAUAGAUUUUUUUUUCAAUUAUGUUUGUUGAUUGUAUAAAGAUGAGAUAUAUAUUUGGCAUUGAAUAUUCGCUCAAUUUAAAUUAAUACUUUUGUUAGUUUUAGAUAUAUGAAAGAAAAUUUUUGAUUAAUCGUCGAAAAUAUUUGCCUUUACGUGAUGCCACACGUCCCUUUAAUAAUAAAUAACAUAGUUAUAAAACAAAACAAUAUCGCAAAUGGUUAAUGUUACGCAAUAAAAUCUUGUAAUACUCUUAUUUUGAAUUAAUUUUAAAUGAGAUUAGCUAAUCCUUUUAAAGUAUAUGCUUAAAACGCCUAAAAUAUGACCUUAAAUUAUUCUGUAUUUUUGUAUGGGACAUUUUAAACUAAAAUAACUGACAAACAAAAAAUAUGUAUAAGAAAUGACGUUUUAUUACCUUUGUAGAAAAAUUAAAUACAAAAAAGUAAUUAUCAAAAUGUUUGCUGUCCAAAGCUGUUUUAUAAGACAUUCUCAAUUUACGAUAUUGUUCUGAGUUAACAAAAAAAUAACUUUUAAUCGUUCUCAUCAUCUACACAGAUGUUGGUGAACAUAACAUUAUUUAAUGAUGCGAUAUUGGUACAAAAAAAUAAUAUUUUUGCAACAAUGUUAACCACCUUUGUAUAACGGAAAAAAUAAAAGAAUUUUUA